AUGGGCAAACUCAUAAAGAACCACUGGGCCCGCCUCAUAAUCCUCACCGCCGCAGCCUACCAAGUCGCCGCCUCAGUCAGCGGCUUCUUCUGGCCGAAACUCUUCUGGGACUUCCUAACCACGAACCUCGACCACGCCGUCCGGCCCAUCCCCAUCCUCCAAAUCAUCAACCUCCUCCUCGGCCUGCUCGGCUUAUGCUGGGAAUGGCCUCUGCCACUCUUCACCAGCGCCGCCACCUCCACCCGGUUACACCACAACCACACCGCCGCCUCCUACAGCCACACGUCGCAAAGGACCGGCCACAAACACACAGAGUCCAACGCCUCCCCUCCGAAAGCGCCGAACAGGGCAACGACGGCGCUCGCGGCGAUGCAUCGGAGUAUCGAAGCCCGACUGUUCAUCUACCCGUUGAGCAGCCUGGCGGCCCUGCUGCUGUAUCAGGGCACGAACGCGGGGAUUUAUUAUAUAAUAGGCAUGGCGGUUUAUUUCUGGGGUUUCAGCGAGGGCGAGGUGGUGAUGGGGGUGCCGUGGACGUUGCCUCGGCGGCGAAAGAGUCAGGGUCUUGUGGGAGUAUGA